AUGGGGUUUGGAGAGAAUUGGAGAAAAUGGAUUAUAUGUUGUGUGGAGUAUGUCAAAUUUCCAGUUCUUAUCAAUGGAAGUGCUAAUGGGUACUUUACUUGCAAGAAGAGAAUCAGGCAAGGAGACCCAAUUUUUCCCUUUUUAUUCUUGCUUGUUGGAGAAGAUCUUACUUUCAUGAUAAAAAGGGCUCAAGAACAAGGUAUUAUCUCUGGAUUUCAAGUUAAAUCAGAUGGUUUAAAUAUUAGUCAUCUACAAUUUUCAGAUGACACUCUAAUUUUCCUUGAUGCAGAUGUUGAUCAAGUUAGAAAUCUUAGAGCGAUCCUUAUAUCUUUUGAAUUACUAACUGGUUUGAAAAUAAAUUUUGCCAAGAGUCAAAUUUUUGGUGUUGGGUUUGAAGGUGAUCUUAGCAUUUUCUCCUCAAUUUUUGAUUAUUACAGUGGUUGUCUCCCUACUACUUAUUUAGGACUUCCUUUGGGUGACAAAUAUGGUGGAGUUGCUAAAUGGGACAAGAUUAUUGAGAAGUUUCUCUCCAAGCUAGCUGGAUGGAAAAAGCCUUUACUUUCCGGAGCUGGGAAAAUUCAAUUGAUCAAAAAUAUUCUUGCUAGUCUUCCUCUUUACUUUAUGUCUCUCUAUGAAAUCCCAAAUUCUGUUAUUAAGAAGCUUGAGAAAAUAAUGAAAGAUUUCCUUUGCCAUGACAAUAAAGGGAGGAGAAAAUUACAUUUGGUGAAAUGGCUUGCACUGAGUAGAAAGAAGAAACAAGGAGAACUUGGUAUUAAAAAUUUGAAGAGGAUGAAUCAAGCAUUACUUACAAAAUGGUCCUGGAGAUAUGCAGUUGAAGAUGAAUCCUUAUGGAAGUCUAUUGUUGAGGAGAAAUAUGGUUCAGGAGAGACAAUUUGGAUUCCUAAAAAUCCAACUUGUAUUUAUGGCAGAUCAGUUUGGAGGUAUAUCAUGAAUCAUAAUUCUUCUUUCCUAAAAUUUGUCAGAUUCAAGGUUAAUGAUGGUUCCAUGUGCAGAUUUUGGGAUGAUAAUUGGAUUUAUGACUCUCUCAUCAAGACUUGUUAUCCAAAUCUUUAUGCUCAAUCUAGAUCAAAGCAUUCUUCUGUUGCUGAACUGGGCUUUGCUGUUGGUGAUUCUGUGACUUGGAAUUUGCACACUCCAACAAGGUUGAAUGCUGCUGCAAGAACAUAA